AUGCCAUUUCAAGGAUUGCCUUGGACUGAAUUCAUUUCCUGCCCGGUGUGCUUUGUGUUGUUUAAUGAGCGGCAACAACGACCAAUUUCCCUUGGCUGUGGACACACUGUUUGCAAGUCCUGCAUUAAGAGCAGACUUACUGAUAACAGAUGUCCUUUUGAUCAGAGUCUGUUGCCAAGCGAUGUGGACAAGCUGCCAGCAAACUUUGCCCUCAUGCAUCUGGUUGGUGCUGCAGUUCCAGAGCAGGAAAAGGAGGCUGUUAAAACAGUAGUGACAGACAACCCCAAGUCUUAUGAACAGGCAAGGAAAUGCAUUGAAGACAUGGCAGUGCAUCUCAAACCUUUGGCAGAAAAUGCUUCAGAUGAUGAUAGUUCCACUUGCAGCGAGCAAAGCCCGUCAAAAAGCAACAAUCACACUGCCCAGAACAUCAGUGGGAACAACAGCAACACAUCCAAAUGUGUCUUAAGUCGCCAGAUGCAGAGGAAACUCAUCAGUCUCAUUCACUGCCAGCUGCUGGAAGAGGAAGGGAGGUCUCGUGCAACACGUAUUGCCCGCUCUCUGGGAGAGAGAAUCGUGUCUGAGCUGUUAGUUCUGCACCAGUAUCCGCAUCAGCUGUCGGCAAACCUUUGGGCUGCGGUGAGGACAAGAGGGUGCCAAUUUCUUGGUCCAGCAAUGCAAGAGGAAGUUAUCAAACUGAUCCUUCUGGCCCUGGAGGAUGGUUCAUUUUUGUCUCGCAAGGUCCUGGUUUUGUUUGUGGUGCAGAGGUUAGAAUCUCGUUACCCUCAGGCAUCAAAGACGGCCAUUGGUCACGUAGUUCAGCUGUUGUACAGAGCUUCCUGCUUUAAAGUGCUCAAGAGAGAAGAAGAAUCAUCACUGAUGCAGCUGAAAGAGGAAUUUCGUCAGUACGAGUCUCUUCGUAGAGAGCAUGACUCUCAAAUUGUUCAAAUUGCACUAGAAGCAGGGCUUCGAAUCUCUCCCGAACAGUGGUCAUCAUUGUUGUAUGGAGACCCUGCUCACAAAUCUCAUAUGCAGUCUAUUAUUGAUAAACAUCAGAGUCCACAGUCAUUUGCACAGAGUGUGACUGAGCUAAUGUUGACCCUACAGAGGAACAGUGAUCACACUGGAUUGCUCAAGUUACAUCCACAGUUAGAGUUUCUGUCAAACAUCGACCCAAGUCCUGAUUGUCCCGCACCGUCAUGGGAGAAUCUGGAGGCCAUAAUGAGGUCCUUGAACACGGUCAUGUCAGCUUUCGUGGAAUUCUUAUCCAACCCUGAUCACAGGUCACGACUGGAGACCACACCAGUGCAGAACACACGAUAUAAGACAUCGUUGUGUCGCGACUUCACAGCUAGAGGUACCUGUCCGAGAGGCAACACCUGCACUUUUGCUCAUUCUCAGGAUGAACUAGAAAGAUACCGUUCAAGAUCACGAAGAAGUGGCAGUAAAGGAACACUAGGAGCUCUAGAAAAGGAUUCUUCACCCCUAACCCCAUCGGAAUGUGAUCAGCUUCGCCAGGUGCAGCUCAUCACCAAACAGAAAACAGAAGCUCUUGCUAGAAAUGGACAAACUGCUGGAAAUACACAGCCAUGUAUAGAGCAGUUAGACCACCAACAUGCUGCCAGUUCUUCAAGAGUAUUUCCACCAAUGUUCGGCUCACUGCCCAUCAGCCAGCCACCACCACAUAUUACUGGUUUGCUGCAUCCAAAACGGCCGCCUCCUGCAGGAGCUUGUGACAUGAUGCAGUCGGAGCAGGAGAAAGUGCAGUUCAUGUCUCCAGCUCCCCAGUUGACCCCAGAGACACACUUGACUUUCAGUUGUCCCGGUGUUGAUGGCUCAGACAACCCCAGCAUUCCUUCAUUAGGCUCCCAGAUUUACUUUCACCCAGACGCACCAAACACUUACCAGCAUAACCCUCUUCUGCAAUACCCUAUGGCCCAUAAUCCUCUCAUUAGACCACAGCCUCCAUAUAUUCCCACCCAAGGAAUGCAUCCGAUGCUGCAACCUCCAUUUCCCCCCAGAUCCUUGACCAGACCGCCAAGCCACCAGAAUGGGUCAUUAGCCAGUGGAAACACAGGGCUACAAGCCUCACCUCUUCCACUGCCAGCUGGGGAAAUCAGUGUUAACAUGCCACCACCAUCAUCAGCUGAUGAAUCCCUCAUCUAUAGGGGAUGCCACCCAUUUGUGCCAGUGCCUCCUGAGAACAGACCACAGAUGGUGCCUUACAUGCUUCAGGGAGGUGAAAGCCUGGAGAAGCUGACCAGCCGCAAGCAGCAGAUCAUUAACCACUUACAGGAGGAGCCCAUGUUCAUGGGCAGUGGAGCUUCUCUAUACCUGGCUAAUGGUCAGAAAGGCUUUGCUGGCCUGAAGACAGUUCUGAGCACCAACAAGCACAGGAGACAGGCCAUGCCCAAAUCUGUGUCUGACAUGUUUGUGGCCACUAGAUCCACACAGUCCUUGGAUGAGCUGUUGAAUGAUGACAUACAGAACUACACGAUCAAAUGGUCUAAUGGAGAUGACCACCUUUCUGAUGUCACUGCUAAUGAAUUUCUGGAGACAUCUCUGAGGGGAUCACUGCCUGAAAGUUGCACCACAAACAGUGUAUCCUUUUCCAUGGCUGCUACAACUACAUCAGGUGCUGCAGAUAUGGCUGGCAACGGUCGUUUGUGCACCUCUGAAGAAGACGGUGUGGGAAACCUCGAUGUCAGCACCACGCAGGCUGUCUGCAGUAGCGAUGCUGAAUUUUGCAGCUUUCCCAGUGAUGAUGGUGAUGAGACGAUCAUCCCCUUUGAGCACACUUCUGUGUCCAGGUUUGGACCCAUCUCUCGCAUGAGCAAGGCAAAAAUGUACAACUCUGCCCCAGUUCAAGUCACUGCUGACUCCUACAAGUGGAUGACGCCUGUGUUGUCGGUGACACCACAGGACCGCCCAUUGGCCACAACCAUGCAGAUGCCCACCAGGUUUGCCUACCGGGGCAAGGCAGAGAUGCUGAAAACUGAGCCGUCUGUCAAACCCACACCUUUAGAGGCACCUUCCAUCUGGCAACAAACCCCAUUGCCGUCCUACCACAAUAUCGCCAGGAUGAAAGCGGGAGCUGCUGAAGCGGUGACAAAUAAUGAACGGCUGGCAUAUGAGCUUCAAGCUGUGGAACUGGAAAUUGCAAUGAAAACUGGUAAAGAACCUGAAUCGUUUACAAAGAUUAUCCAGGAUGCAGUUGUGGCACCAUCUGAAUACCGUCCAUCUUCAGAUCUGACAACUUCCAGUAAUUGCGUGCCACCAGGGAACAAGGAUAACAUGAUGAAUGUGGAAACCAGCCAAAGUUUGCUUGUAUCUCAACAACUAGGGCAUCAGUUUGCUGGGGAUUGUACUCGGUCGUGGCCAGGUAUCAAGAAGUAA